CAAAAACCUAAUCGGACUGGAAUUUCUCCGCAUAGAACCACAGUUACCGUAGUCGCAUUAAAUCUAUAUACAAUAUACAUACACAUUAGCAUACCAUGUGGCAACAUCGUUAGGGUUCAUCCUGGGCUUAAAUUAUCAAACAGACAUUCAAUUUUACUUUAAUUAGGGUUUUCUUUUGGCGGGUAAUCUCAUAGUCGAUUGUAUCUCCUGCUGCAGGUUGAUUACAAGCUUCACAGUCAAUGUCUGAUAAAUAUAGUGUCGAGGCUGCCGAAAAGCUUGCCAAUGAGGCAUUGCAUUUACCAGUUUCUGCAGCAGUGCCAAUAUAUGAGCAACUUUUACUUGCUUAUCCAACUGCGGCUAAAUUCUGGAAACAGUAUGUGGAAGCACACAUGGGUGAGAAUAACGAUGAUGCAGUAAAACAACUUUUCAGCCGAUGCCUGUUGGACUGUCUCCAAAUCUCUCUUUGGCGGUGUUAUAUUCGGUUUAUCAGGAAAGCAAAUGAUAAGAAGGGGCUAGAGGGUCAGGAAGAGACUAGGAAAGCUUAUGAUUUCAUGCUCAACUGUGUUGGUGAAGACAUUGCAGCCGGACCUGUAUGGAUUGAAUACAUUACCUUUUUGAAGUCCUUGCCUGCUCAUACUGCACAAGAAGAGUCACAGCGAAUGAUUGCUGUGCGAAAAGUGUAUCAGAAAGCCAUCGUCACUCCUACUCACCAUGUUGAACAGCUCUGGAGAGACUAUGAAAAUUUUGAAAAUACCGUCAGCCGUCAACUGGCAAAAGGAUUGUUAUCAGAAUAUCAACCAAAAUACAACAGUGCAAGAGCAGUCUACAGGGAGCGAAAGAAAUAUGUCGAUGAAAUAGAUUGGAAUAUGCUUGCUGUUCCACCAUCUGGCGCUAACAAGGAAGAACUGCAAUGGGUCGCAUGGAAGAAGCUUAUAGCAUUUGAAAAAGAAAAUCCUCAGAGGGUAGACAGCACUUUUGCUAACAAACGAAUUGUAUUCACGUAUGAUCAGUGCCUAAUGUAUUUAUAUCAUUAUCCUGAUAUAUGGUAUGACUAUGCUACAUGGCAUGCAAAAAGUGGCUCGGUAGAAUCUGCCAUUAAAGUAUUUCAUCGAGCUUUGAAGGCUCUUCCAGACUCUGAAUUGCUGAGAUAUGCAUAUGCAGAGCUAGAAGAAUCUCGUGGAUCGAUCCAGCCUGCAAAGAAAACAUACGAAAGUCUUUUGAAGGAUGCAGCGAACACAACAGCACUAUCACACAUACAGUUUAUUCGUUUUCUAAGAAGAACUGAAGGAGUCGAAGCUGCUCGUAGAUACUUCUUAGCUGUGCGAAAUUCUCCCAGUUGCACUUACCAAGUUUAUGUUGCGUAUGCCAUGGUGGCAUUUUGUCUUGACAAGGAUGCCAAGGUUGCACACAAUGUUUUUGAAUCAGGAAUGAAACACUAUAUGCAGGAGCCUGGAUAUAUUCUCGAAUAUGCAGAUUUUUUGUUUCGCUUAAAUGAUGAUAGAAAUAUCAGGGCUUUAUUUGAACGAGCAUUGAGCUCUCUCCCACCCGAGAAAUCUGUUGAGGUCUGGAAAAGAUUCUCUCAAUUUGAGCAGACAUAUGGAGAUCUUGCUAGCAUGCUGAAGGUUGAGCAAAGACGGAAAGAAGCUCUUUCUGGAACAGGGGAGGAAAGUGCAUCAGCUUUAGAAAGUUCACUGCAAGAGGUUGUAUCACGCUAUAGUUUCAUGGAUCUUUGGCCUUGCUCUUCUAAUGAUUUAGACAACCUGGUCAGACAAGAAUGGCUUUCGAAAAAUAUGAAGAAGAAAAUUGAGAAAUUCUCUAUUUCCAAUGGAGCUAUUCAGACAGAUAAAGCCUCUUUAGGACUGGCAACUGGUUCAAAUCAAUCUACAAAGGUUAUUUAUCCAGAUACCUCAAGAAUGAUGGUUUACGAUCCAAGACAGAAGCCUGGACCUUCUGCUCCUGAAGCUCCUAAUUCAGCCACCUUAUCAGGCAUAAAUGUGCCAUCUAUUGUUGGUGGAACAUCUAACAGUCAUAACGACAUUUUAAGAGCUGCUCCGCCUGCUCUGGCGUCCUUCAUUGCUAGUUUACCAGCUGUGGAGGGUCCAUCUCCUGAUGUUGAUUUUGUGUUGUCAAUAUGUUUGCAAAGCAACUUUCCAGCAAAGCAAGCUGGAAAACCUGGAACUACCUCAAAACAAUUGCAGGGUGUCGCUGCCCCAAGUUCGAGUGAUAUCUCUGGAUCGAACAAAUCACAUCUACUUCCCAACAGUUCGUCAUACAAACCAACCAGGGACAGGCAAACUGGCAAAAGAAAAGAUUUUGACAGGCAAGAUGACAAUGAUACUGUUUCUGUACAAAGCCAACCACUUCCUAAAGAUGUUUUUAAGUUGCGCCAGAUGAGAAAAGCCCGUGCUACUGGUUCACAAACCGGAUCCGUUUCAUAUGGAAGCGCAAGUGCGUUUUCAGGGGACCUGUCUGCCAGCUCUGGCUGAAUGACAUGAACAAUCACUAGUGUUGUAUAGUAUCAUUAUCAAAGAAAAAGGAAAUGUAUCAUAGUUAUUAAUAUAUUUGUAACGUUGCCUAUUAUAUUAUCAUAGAGCAGUAGGAAAAUCUUGCAACAUGUCAAGUCUGUAUAAUACAGUUUCUUAUUUAUGUAGUACUGUUUUAAAGGAGUUCAAAAUAA